CCAGGGCCAUCACCAGCUGCAGUUGAUAAAGACAAUCGUAGCUCGGCAGUUGCAAAGUACAAGCUGAACUCAAGAUGCGUGCAUUCCGCUGCGCUUUCAUUGCAAUUGUGUGUGCCGUAGUCCAGGGCGAAGACCAGGAAUCGGCCGACGCGAACACUCGUCAUCUACCGGUCGGACACAACUAUUCCCCUGGCAAGUCACUGCUGGACAUCUUCGCUACCAUUAACCUGGGUUCGAAUCCGACUUACGGAGGAUCAGGAAUAUCAACCAGCUGCAGAUAUUGGUGUGAAACGCCAGAAGGAGCCUUCUAUUGCUGUGGGCAGCCAACUUCACCAAGACCGAGACCAGUUUACGCGACUUUAGCACCACCGCGCGCAGGAUGCUGCCCGGCAGUGCGUCCCGUUUGCACCAAAGCGUUUGUCAGUCCUCCUGUCCCGUGUGCUUACGACUCCGAGUGUUUCAACAGCUUAGACAAAUGCUGCUUCGACCGCUGCCUUCAGCGACAUGUAUGCAAGCCGGCGGAGCCCUGCUAUGUCUUCAACUACUGGAGUCUAGGAUAAAGGGUUGAAAUAUCCUCUCACUUCUGCACUGACUUCAUGGUAUUAUUUGCUGUAUGGAAUGCCUCCUCAUACAACGUGCUAGAGAUGGGACUUUCAGUUCAGCCUCUUCCAAGCGAAGUUCCCUCCGAGUUAUUAGAUAAGCGAUCCUGUACCUAUUAUCCGACGCUGGACUUAGAAUAUUGAUGCAUUUGCGCUAAUUUAAUAUUAAACGGUAUCAACAUGGUAAUAACCAAAUGGCUGAAAUUGUAGUGAUUUUAGCACGUGAUCAUGCUCUCUCAGUCUCUCUCUCUCUCUCUCAUUCCUAAAUAAAUAUACAGCAUUUUUGCGAGCCAUCUAAGAAUCUCUCCCUUCCUCACCGAGAAGGAUUGUAAAUCCCUGUUAAAUUAAGCUUCCAGAAAGAAUUGCUUUAAAGAAAUAUCAUAUUAAUGAAUUAUUUAAAAGAAAGUCGUGCAGGUCAUAUAAAUUUCAUAAAGACGCAUUCAAUAAAUAUUUAAAUAGA